AUGUCGCGUCCCGAUGUGUCGACGCCGCUCAUCGCGUAAGUUUCUCAUUCUUCCAUAUCCGUUGACAUUUAUGUAACUAUUAGCGUUCCAAUCAGUUGUUUUUAUGAUUUUUAUGAUUUUUUAAAAAUAUUUUUUUCUGUAAAAAAAGGUCACAUAACCAUCGUCUGUUAGCUCUGACUUGUCUGAGAUAACUUUGAAAUACCAUCGUUUAAAAAUUCAAAAAAACUUUUGACGCCUCUGGAGGCCGAAAAACUGUUUUAUCAGAGUAAACAACUGGAUUUUCCCACAGAAAAAAUUUAAAUUUGAGAGCCAAAACAAAUUCAAAUGCGCAUUUUGAUUCUACCCCGCCUAUUUCCCACCGCAAAUCCUUGGAAGUCAUCUUUUUUUUUCAUUUUUUCCUGUUUGAAUUUCAUUACUGUUUUUGCGGCUUCGUAUCAAUGAAAAUGAACGAAAUUUUAUAUUUCAAUUCCUCUAUUGAGACUUGAACGAUUAAAUUUGGUCUUCCUCGAAAAAUUUAUUACUUCGCAUUGAAAAAAAAUCUCGAAACUGAGAAGAUUUUCUUAUUGAUAAAAGUAGUUACAAAUUUUGAGAUUAGAUUUAGAUUAUUUCGCUUAGAACAGUUGUUUAGAAGAGUGGUUUACAGCCCACCUAUAUUAAAGUUCUGUUUCUGAACGGAUAGGGACCAUUCUCAGGCAUAUUUUUAUUCCGCGUUCGAGUGAGAUAUCUCAAAAAGACCAGAAUCAAGAAUGAAAAUAUGGUUUAUCAAAUCAAUCUUCUUUUUCGAAAAAAAGCAACGUACUGCAUCUUUUUCAAGACGCGUGAAAAUUGUGUUGCCAGCUUAAAAAAAGUUCUUUAAAUUGAAAAAAAUAGGACGCAAAAACAAAUUUGUAAAACCAAUAGAAAAAAAUUAAAAUUUAUAAAAAAAUUAAAUUUUUAUCGAAAACCGAACUCACGGCAAAUGCGUCGCAGUGCAUACAGAAUUUCGAAUACAGUGAUCCAAAUUCAAUAUAUUCCUUCCGGUAUAUUCUAUCUAAUCAAGUGAUUCCUUAUUUUCGACGCACCAAAUGAAAUAAUUAAAAAUGUAAAUUUGCCGAAAAAGUCCAGAUUUUUUCGAAAAAAAAAGUCUUCAUAUAUUUAUUUUGUUCUAACACAGUUACGAAAACUAUGUUCGAUUCCUUGAAGUCAAUCUAGAAUAGAGUCGUCUUAUUUUUCAAAAUUUUUAAGUAUUUUUGAAACUGUAUUCUUCAGGAUGCAAAACCUAACAGAACGCGCCGUCGAGAUGAACGGCGGAGAAAAGUUGCGAGAGGUUGAAACGGAUCAAAAAACUCCUUCAUACAUGGUGAAAAAAAAGGAAAUCAAUAAAAAAAUUCUCUUCGAAUGCAGAUAGGCCUGAAAGUUCUCUUCAUCGGUUCUGUGGCACUUUCUUGGAGUUUGGCGACGCAAUUCAGCAAAACUGCGCUCACAAUUAAUGCAGUCAGUUUUGGAUUCUUGUGUUAGCAUUUGGAAUUACCGAAUAAUUUUUGAAUUUGCUACAAGUCUGAAUUAAGAAAGAAUUUGACGCGCCGUACUUCAUGAUGUGGUUCAAUACAAACUUCAUGAUUGCCUGCUUUCCAAUUGCUGUGAUUAUUGAGCGAGUGAGAACCAAAAAGUCGCUGAGUGAAAUAUAUGAGUAAGUUUUUAUCACUUUCAAAUCAAGGAGUAACUAUCGUUUUCAGCGAGUCGCAACGGAUAUUCCGAUCGAGGGGACUUUCUGUCAUUUCGCUCCUUUACUACGUUUUACCAUUUUUAGUUCUUUGGGUCAGUGAGUUUUCAAUUUGUUGUGGUUUAAAAAACAUAAGAAGGGUUUUGAGAAACUACAGAUAAGCAUAAGAUGUGUUAUUUAAAGACCAGAAAACAUGACAUAUUUUAUUAAAAAAGAUACCAAGAAGCUAUUUUUAACGGUUGGCUUCAUUUUCUGCUCUGAAUCCAAGUUUCCUAUAAUUUUUGUGGCUCAGUAUAGCCUGUGUACCACGACUUGGAAUUUCACGAAACGACAUUCCGCUGUGCCGCUGCGCGAUCCUUAGUUGCGCUUAAAUUUUUUUUUUCUUUUAUUAGGGUACUCUACUUUCCUGUGAUCCCACAGCAAUAAAAAUCAAUUGAAAGCGUGACCUAGAUUCGAAAGACGCUUCUCGAACGCACGCAGCGGAACAGCGGAAUGUCGUUCCGUGAAAUUUCAACUCGUGGCACACAUAAUAUAUCUCUUUAAUCUUUUUCUGCUCUCUUCUCCUGAAAGCGUAUUUGAAACUCUCCUACAGCUUCCAUUUCUGCUUUUCUCAUUGAGAAUCUUCCAGGAGUUGAAAAACUUGUACCAUAAAAAUGUAGUAAAUUCAAAGACUUCAAAGAUAAAAUCAUAAAAUGAACGACGAAGAGAAAAAAAAAACUUUACAGGCAGGGGCCAAUUAUACCUAUGCCCAAGCUCUGACGUCAGUGAACGCCAGCGUGGCGACUUCCAUCACGGCUUGCAACACGGCCAUCAUCUACGUUCUUUCCAUAUUCAUCCUUUCCGAAAAAUUCUCAAUCCAUAAGGUUUUCGGCCGAUUCUUUCUCUCCGAAAAAGUUCGCGUUUCAGCUGAUAGCGGUGAUCUUCGCAAUCGGCGGCGUUUGCAUGAUUUCUACGGAGUCUAUGAGCAGCGGCCAUUGGCAAGGCUACGUGCUUUCCAUUGCCUCGGCCUGCUUCUCAGCAUCUUACAAGGUUUCAAUUGUCGAUCUCUCAAGGAAAUUGCGAAUGGAUUUAGCUUGAGAACUUUAUAAAACUUUUCCCAGGCAAAAAAAUCUUGUCAACUUUUUAGGCCUUUCUCAAGAUAAUUUUGUGUCACUUUGACUUGCUUCGAAAAGUUUCCUUGUUUAUAAAUUCUCCUAGAUUUCCUCAUUUUCCUUUUGAAAAAAAAUUCCGCCUUUUGCCUUGAAAUCGGAGAUGUGGAGGCCAUGUUUCCUCCUUGAUUUAAGCCAAAAUUAAAAGAUGUUUCUCAAACCCCUUGGUUUGGGUCGAGGCGGGGGUCGAACUUGUGACCCUGUGGACCGUGAACAGGCACACAACCUGUCGCGCUAGACCGACGCAAUAAGGAAAAUGGAUGAGAAAAAUAUAAUAAAUCAUGCCAACUCUUUGCAGCCCCCUCAUUUCAGGUCUUCUUCAUGAAAAGCAUGCGCGACUUUGGCUUGUUGGGACAAAUUUCCUUGUUCAUGACUUGUCUUGGAUUCCUCAACCUCUUCUUGAACUUCAUCCCGCCCCUCGUUCUCUACUUCACCAAAGUUGAAAAGAUCAACUUUGCCUAUGUUCCCUGGUGGCCGAUGAUCGGAGCGGCUAUUCUCAGCCUCAGUGAGUUUUUUCUUCUUUGUCCUUUCGAUAAAAGUCGUUUUAAUAUGCUUCUUGCUCAAUUGCUGUUGCAGUGUUCAACUUCUUGAUUAACUUGGGAAUAGUUUACCUCGGUCCGCUGGUCAUUUCGGUCGGAAUGCUGUGCGGAAUACCUCUCAACUACAGUCAGUUUUGAUUUUGCUUCAUUUUUUUUAAAAAACGAAUCCAAAUUUUUUAAUUAUCACAUGAACUUUUUUCACAAAAAACCGAUAGCAGAAAAAAACAAGGCAUGAGUUUUAAACAAAAGAAUUUUUUUAAUGUUUCAAUAUGUCGCGGAAACUCAAACCUUCAUCUCUCCGACUUUGAAUUAUUUUUUCUCCAAAACUAGGAACUUCUGUACGUUUCCAAGUUCACCGUUCGAUUCGCAAUGAAAAGCUCUACAAAAUACUGCUUUGAACUGAAACGCCGUUUUUUACUGCCCCUAUGCCUUUAAGGUUCAAUUUUUGGUUAUAGAAAGGACUUGGGUAUGACUAAAAAUUAAAAAAAAACCUCAGCAAAAGCUUGAAUUUGGCUUUGAGUCAUAUUUCGGCAAUACUAUAGUCUCAUUAGCCAAACUUCAUCAUAUUGAAGAUCUAAAAAGAGUUUGGAAUAACUGCGAAUUUCUCAAGAAAUAGGUAUAGCUGAAGGGUCUCUUUCGUGUGAUUUGACAGUUUAAAAAUUCCAGAUCAAAUUAUUUGCGAAGUUGUUUUUUUUUCAUAGUUGGUUAGUCCGUCAUUCUUCUCCAUUAAAGGCAUUUAAAAAAAAAUCAAAAAAAAAAACGAAGCCAAUAAGGCAAAAAUUUUGGUAAAAAAAUAUGAAAUAGAAAAAAUCUUUGCCUUUAAACAAAUAAAAAAUACGAUAUUUACAGUCAUCGACAUCGUAUUCCGGCACGUGGCCAUUUCUUGGUUUUUCAUCGGUGGCACGGCUUUUAUUCUGGUUUCUUUCGUCCUCAUCAUUUUCCCCAUAAAUCUGCUCUUUUUUCCCUUCCGUCUCAUCCAACGAACAUUUUGUCCCAAGGCGAUCGUCUGUUGUGGCUCCGAUCGGAAAACAGUCGUGAAAAACUGA